ACCUUUCCCGCUGUCUCACCAGAAAACCAGCCCCAACACGCCAGAGCCCCAUCCCUCAGGUCUGCCUCCAGCCCUCCUCCCCCCCUCCCCCUCCCUCAGCCCCGCCCCGGUCCCUCCCGGCCCCUGGGGCCCUCCCAGCCUCCCGCAGACCGGCUGGGCUGGGCUGGGCUGGGCUGGAGAACAACAGUGCUGGAGACACCAGCGCUGCCGGACGAGGGCAGAGGGAGGCGGCGGGGAGGGCCGGCCCAAGGCCCCGGGCGCUGGAGCUGGCCAGAGCCGGACCCAGAGCUCCCACAGCUGCCCUUUCCUGGGCCGGGUCAUGCGCUGCCCCAAGUGCCUUCUCUGCCUGUCAGCACUGCUCACACUCCUGGGCCUCAAAGUGUACAUCGAGUGGACGUCCGAGCCCCGGCUGGGUAAGGCCUACCCGGGACCCCGCGGCACCCCACCAGGCCCCACGCCAGCCAGCCCCGAGCCCACCCUGCCGGCUAACCUCUCGGCCCGUCUGGGCCAGACUGACCCUCUGCCCUCAGCUUACUGGAACCAGCAGCAGUGGCGGCUGGGGACCCUGCCCGGUGGGGACAGCACCGAGGCGGGGGACUGCCGCGCUUGGGGAGCUGCCGCUGCGGCUGAGAUCCCCGACUUCGCCUCCUACCCCGAGGACCUCCGCCACUUCCUGCUGUCGGCAGCCUGCCGGAGCUUCCCACGGUGGCUGCCCAGGGGCGGCGGCGGCCAGGUGGCCAGCUGCGAGGGUCCCGACGUCCCCUACCUGCUGUUGGCCGUCAAGUCGGAACCAGGGCGCUUUGCGGAACGACAGGCCGUGAGGGAGACGUGGGGCCGGCCGGCUCCCGGGGUCUGGCUGCUCUUCCUGCUGGGGUCCCCAGCGGGCGCGGGGAGGCCUGACCUAGGCCCCCUGGUGGCCUGGGAGAGCCGCCGCUCCGGCGACCUGCUGCUCUGGGACUUCCUGGACGCCCCGUUCAACCAGACGCUCAAGGGCCUACUGCUGCUAGCCUGGCUGGGCCGCCACUGCCCCGGCGUGAGCUUCAUCCUGCAAGCCCAGGAUGACGCCUUCGUGCACACCCCCGCCCUUCUGGACCACCUGCGGGCCCUGCCGCCCAGCGUGGCCCGUGGCCUCUACCUGGGUGAGGUCUUCACCCAGGCCAAGCCCCUCCGGAAGCCUGGGGGACCCUUCUACGUGCCUGGGUCCUUCUUUGAAGGCGGCUACCCAGCCUACGCAAGUGGGGGCGGCUACGUCAUCGCGGGCCGCUUGGCACCCUGGCUGCUGCGGGCGGCGGCCCGCGUGGCCCCCUUCCCCUUCGACGAUGUCUACACCGGCCUGUGCUUCCAAGCCCUGGGCCUGGCCCCCAGGACCCACAAAGGCUUCCUCACGGCCUGGCCGGCAGACCGCACUGCUGACCCCUGUGCUCUCCGUGACCUGCUGCUGGUACGGCCCCUCAGCCCCCAGGACAGCAUCCGGCUCUGGAAGCAGCUGCGGGACCCUCAGCUCCAGUGCUGAGACUCGGAGGUGGGGAGGGGCGGGGAGGGCAGACCUGGCCUGGGCCUUGGUGCCAGCCCCUUGCUCAGCCUCUCUUUCUAGGCCUCGGUGCGAGGAAGGGGGUCCUGGAAUGGAGGCUGCCUGAGCCCUCCCUGGGCCUCCCCAAGAGGCAACAGACUGUUUCCGUCUUUCAGUUUUUGAAAAAUAUGCACUGCCCACUCUGAGGCCUGGAGUCGUCGUCUCUGUCUACGGGGCCUUGAGGUAGUUUACAGAGCAAAGCUCAGCUGCACCCUGACCUUCACACCAGACACUCUCCCCACCCUUACUGGGCAAGGCCGGCUCCGAUGGCCUCCUGGUCACCUUGCUGGACACCAGCUUUGACCCGUUCUAUGGGAGACAAGAGGCCAUCUCCGGAGGACCCCACCCCCAUCCUGUUUGCUGAAGCUGACCUUCCAGCUUGCAGAAGUUUCUGGAAGAAGAAGAUAGCUCAACAGCCUUGGCCUUAUUUAUCUCAACUGGAGAAGCAGGGGUGGUCCCAAACCACUCAUGCUGGCCUCUCCUCCCACAUCCCAAACUCCAGGAAACAGAAACCAGAGGUAGCAUGGAGCCACAUGCAGAGACAUAGUUUAUUCACUCCCUGCUGACCACCUCUCAACUCUGAGUAAGUUCCGCAGGCUGACCUGCCACGUCCACCCCCAGGCCUGAGGGGCUUCCAGUCCUGGAGGUGCCCUUGCCCAGCCCCUGGGAGAAGACCCUGUAACUAAAGGCGAAGAAGGGGCUGACCAAGGCCCCACCAAUGUAACAGCCCGGAGGAGCAGGAGCCGCCCCAAGUACUGCCCUGGCCCGAGUACGUUGGAGGGAGCUGUCAGGGGGAGGGGUAGCAUCCUGCCCGUCGCCUCUGCCCCUCAGAGGCAGAGCUGAGGAAGGUGGGGACGGGGCAAGUAGCCUCACUUCUCGAAGUGAUCCAGGGGGUAGUGUUCCCCAUAGGUCUGGAGGUGACGGGCCAAAGACUCCUGCUGCUUGCGGAGCUGGGUAGGCAUCUCCUGAUACACAUCUGAGAAGAGCAGGUUGGGGCUGGGCUUCAGCUUCCGCUCGGCCUGCUCAAAGGCCUCCAUCACCUGGGGGACAAGCGGCAGUGGGCAGGCAGCAGACCUCUCACCCAGGAACCUGCUUCCUACCUGUGGGAUCCUGGUGAGGGGUUAAGCGCCCUGAGCCUCAAGUUCCCACGUGGACAAUGGAAAUAAUCAUCGUAAUAGUGGUGACGGGCUUCCCUGGUGGCGCAGUGGUUAAGAAUCCGCCUGCCAAUGCGGGGGACACAGGUUCGAACCCUGGUCCGGGAAGAUCCCACGUGCCGCGGAGCGACAAAGCCCGUGCGCCACAACUACUGAGCCUGCGCGCCACAACUACUGAAGCCCGCGCGCCUAGAGCCCGUGCUCCGCGACAAAGAAGCCACCGCAAUGAGAAGCCCACACACCACAACUAAGAGUAGCCCCCGCUCACUGCAACUAGAGAAAGACCGCACGCAGCAACGAAGACCCAGCG